UGGUUAGCCUUCAUUGCUGGUCACAUCUGUAAAACAAAACCAUGUGAAACUCUAUUCUGGCAUGUCCCACUAUUGUAGUUUCAUUGGAUGCAGAGUGGUUUUAACUCCUUCAUGAUCUAUUUAUACAUCCAGAGACACAACCAAUUCUUCACAACACCAAGUAGUAAAGCAAUCCAAAUCUUGACUCUCAGCAUUUAACUUAGUAUCCUCAACCCACUUCAGUUUAGAUUUUCGAAGACUAUAAAUGGCUUUGGUAAGAGGUCUCUUGGGUGCAAAAAAGAUCAUGAGCCGCUCUGUAACAGCUACAACACCAAAAGGUUUUCUUGCGGUGUAUGUUGGCGAGGACCAGGUCCAUAAGAAGAGAUAUAUGGUUCCUGUCUCAUAUUUGAACCAGCCUUCCUUUCAAGCACUUCUCAGUAAAUCUGAAGAAGAGUUUGGGUUUGAUCAUCCUAUGGGUGGCUUAACGAUCCCUUGUCCUGAAGAUACUUUCAUCAUUGUGACUUCUAGCCUAAAGAUAAGAUGAUCCGAAGAAGAGAGAUCUAACAUUAGUAGCUCGAGUUAGAGAUAGAAUCAUUCAAUGUAAAUAGGUUAACCUUUUCUUCGUUCAUUGUGAGAAAAGAGUUGUUAAAGAGGUCACAAGGCUUAAUGCGAACGUCAUUUUUGUUGUGUAAGCAUUAAAAGAUCUCUCUAUUCGAAUUACAUUUUUCUGAAAAUAUAAUUUCAUCUUAAAAUCUUGGAUU